AUGGCAGCUCUGGCGUCGAUGCCGGCAGCGAGCCAGGCUUCUGCGCACUGGUACACGGUGGACUUCCGCCUAAGUGACCAAGACCUGAAGCUGCCGCCGGGUGAGUACAUCUACUCGCAGAUUCAGGGCCCGGAGCACUCCUUCCGGUUUCGGCUGUCCGUCUACCCAAGAGGGCAUGGCGACUGGGAGGCGAUCAGCAUCAGUGCCUACAUCGAGAUCCUCCCGCCUCCUGCCUUGGCAAAGAUCGACUGGGCUUGCAAGGCGCGCUUCGAGAUCUCGAUGCUGUACGAGUACCUCGAUGAGCUCUGGAACUUCCGCCGUGAGGGCGGGGUCUUCAUCUUCACCAACAAAGUCUCGGACCAGGGAUGGUGUAACUUCUUGAGCCUGGACCGGAUCACGCGCGAGCCCGGCUGGCUGAAGGCUGGCGGCCUGCGUCUGCAGGGACACGUAGAGCUGCCAUUCACCGAUGCCCCGUGCCGGGGACAGCCGCUAGACUUCACGCAGGAGGCGGCCUUCGUGACGAUACGACUCUCUGAAGGGCCUCCGCUGCUCUUUGACAAGCGUAUUCUCAGCGAGCGCUCGGAGUACUUCCGUGAGAUGCUGGCAUCCAAGUGGCGGGAAGGUCAGACGAACGAGGUCGACCUGAGCAUGACCCCCGACAUCCAGCGCAACUCCCUUGAUGCGGUGCUGUGCUACCUCAUGUCCAGCCGCUUCUUCUCCGGCGGAGACGCAACGUUCGCCUUCGCUGUGCGGAAGCUGGCCGACCAGUUCUGCCUGAAGGACCUUGUGGACACGGUGGAAGCCGAGUUAGUGACGAUGCUGUCGAAGCAGCGGGUCCUGGCCUUUCUGGGUCAGGUCUUCGGAAGCGGCGGGCGACUCGAGUUGGCCUGCUGGGAGAUGGUCAAGGCCAACGACUGCGCUGUCCUCCGUCGGCAGCGCGACAAGCUCGGCCAGGUGGUGGACGAGAACCCAGAGCUCGCCAAGGAGGUGAUGAAGCUGCUGGCUGCCCGCGGCAAGAAGCGAAGAUGGGAAAGCUCCGGCAGCUCCGACUCAGAUAGUAGCUGA